AUGACGACAUCACUGAGUACAUUCGAAGCUGUACCAGCUGUGCGAAUGCGAAAAAAUCUCUACCACAAGCAGAGCCACAUCCGUGGUAGACCGCAGAAGGUCCAUGGGAACGUAUUCAUGUGGACCGAUCGACGGGUUCAACUAUCUGGUCAUCGUCGAUGUGGCGGGUUCAACUAUCUUGUCAUCGUCAAGUGGCCAGAGAUGUUCCAGACGAAAUCAACGACAGCUUCUUCGACGAUCGGGUUCCUCACAGAGAGCUUUGCCAGAUUCGGCGUACCGAAGCUGGGCAUCAUCCAUUUCCGCACUGCACCGUUCCACCCCCAAUCGAAUGGUCAAGCGGAAAGAUUCGUCGACACGCUUAAGAGGUCACUGCGCAAAAUCCAAGAGGGGGAAGGAUUACCAGCAUCUGCAGCACUACAAACCUUUCUGCAGGUAUAUCGAGCAACUCCGUCCAAUCUGCUCGAGGGAAAAUCCCCUUCGGAAGUGCUGAACGGCAGAAAAAUGCGGACAACAUUGGAUUUGCUGAAGCCUUCGAACAUACUCCUACAACCACCGGUAGCAGCCAAGCCUUGCCAAGCACGGAAACUUGCAGCCGGAUCACUGGUAUUCGCGAAGGUGCACAAAAACACCACCACCUGGAAGUGGCAAUCUGGAGUCAUCAUUGAGGCGAUUGGGAAUGUACAUUACAAUGUACUUCUUGAUGCACCAUCCGGACGAAAGCGGAUAAUUCGUUCUCACAUCGAUCAACUUCGGACCAACGACACUGGAAAACAAGAAAAAACAGAAAUUGGACUACCGCUGAGCAUUCUUUUGGACGAUUUCGGAAUGACAACAAAUGCGGAGUUUCCCGACGAAAAUUCUUCUUUCGUUUCAGCACAAGAAUUACCUGACCUUCCGGACGAUCCGGAACUUCCAGACGAUCCUGAACUGCCGGACGAUGAACCGGAGCCUAUUCAACCUGGACCAUUUUCUGCAGUAUAUGGUUCUACGCUGGCACGAUCAAAGCCAAAACGAAACAUCAACCCUCCACAACGUUUUCAAGACUAUGUUCUUUCUUAG